ACACCAGGAAGCAGGAACGGAUGGAGAAAGAUGUACCCCACAUGGAGAUUUAUGGGUAUAUAGAGAAACAGAGAAAGGGAAGUUCUUCUAGAUGGAAACGCCAGCAAGUGCAGGGACAAAGGAAGAGACUGGAAGGAGGAGGAAAAAGAAAAAAACCUUCGGGAUAAAAAGGAGACACAUGGGUUCUUGAUUCCGUAGAUUGUAGUCUUCAUCGAUUUGUGGAUUUAUUUAUUUUGUUUGCCAAACAAAUUGGUGGAUUUUGGGUUGGAAGAUUUAGAGCAGGGUCUUGUUCAUUUGGAAGUAGAUGGUCAGGAGCUUCACUGGAUAGUGCAUUGGAAUCUAGAAAGCUCCUAACCUCCUGCAGUUUGUCAUUUCUUGCCUGCAUAAAAGUGAGAUUUGGUGUUCCCUUCUCUUUUGAUAACUGGAGUCUGCUCAAGUUCUUUAGCACUAUCAGAUGGGUAAUCGGAUGCCUGGUGACAGAUGGAUGAUGGUACUUCAACCUAUAGUUAGAAUUAGAAUAGCUAGUGUUGCCUUUUCCUCUCUGUAGGAAUGGAUGAUAUUAAUAAGAUUGAGCAAGUUCAAUUCCUUUGACACAUUGGAAAAUUGACAUUGACUACAAUUGGCAUCAUGGUGCAUAAAGUUGUUAAGGUAACAAGAAAGGACCACUUGGAAAUUUAGAAGGAUAAUAUUCUCAAUAGUCAGUAGUAGAGAUGGGUUUGCCUCAGGUUUCCUCCAAUGGUAUUGCAGAGGAAGUAGUAGCAUCACUGAGCACAUUUGUACAUCACCCACCUGGCCUCUCGGGUGUGAGCAGCUGUGAUUUAACUAGGAUGCAUGGAGGAAACGUGGGAAAUCAAAUGCUGGUGGACUUGCCAAAAUCAAAAUUUGGAGAUUUGCAACGGAAAACUAUUGGGGAGCAGCUGAAGGAUCCUGACACUUUGAAUAUGCAUAAAGAUGUUCGACCCAACAUACAAAGGCUGAAGAUUGGCAUCAUGGAAAAAAAUGGACAGAAUAUUCAGGCACUUGUUCCUCGGAUUAUGCAUUUUGAAACAAGGAAUUGCAUGCAUUCUCCAGAUGAUAUAUUUAAUGGAAACCAAAAUUCAUCAACUGUUGCUCCCAAUAGAGGUAGUACAUCUGAGACCAAUGGAUCAUUGAUCAGGAAGCGCCUAUUAUCUCCUUUGAAUGGAAUGCUUCACUGCAAUCAGUUUGAUGGUAAUGCCUUUGACAUUGGACACCGUAUCUAUCCAAGUGAUUUUGGAGGUGAAAAUGGUAAAUGCAGCAUUUCAUUAUCACAAGAACAUAAGAAAGCUCAUAUUGGUAACUCCAGUGUUUUAAACCCUCCAGUGCAGUCAACAUCUUGUUUUCCUGAAUGGAGUAAAUCACCAGAGGAUUGUUGUCAAGCAAACUCCGUUCUUUUCAAUGAUGGUCCUCUGCUUGAGAAUGAGAUAGUGCAACCCCAAAGUCAUUUUUCAUUUUCUUCAGGACUUAACCAUUCUGCAGAAACAACUAAAGAAAGGUACCAGUCACAGGCUAUAAUGAUACCUGCUAAGAAAGCUGCCUCACCACCCUUGUCUCCCCUUGGUCCAAAUUUUACCGAAAGAAUGAAUUCUGCUGGAGAAUGCAGGGAGACUGCUGAAGAACUAGAUGAUGUCUGUAUGACCUUCAAGGAUAUGGAAAAUUCUCUUAAUGGAACCAUCCCAGACCAGAAGGAUAAGGAUUUUCGGUUCUCUGGUACACUGAUGCAUGAUUUUGAAAAUUUGAAGAAAAAGUUUGAUAUGUGUAGACCUGAGUUUACCACAUACAUUGCUCAGAAUGAAGGUCAGGAUGUAAACCUAACUCCUAAAAAUAGCAAACUGGUUAGGAGUCUUAGUGGAGUGCCUGACAGGAGGUCCUUGGUUGGUUCAUUUGAGGAGUCCUUGUUAUCUGGUCGGUUGGUAUCUGCAAAAAUUAAUCAGAGAAUUGAUGGAUUUCUUGCAGUUCUCAACAUUACUGGGGGUGAUUUCUCACCUAAAUUACAAAAGCUUCCAUUUGGGGUAACUAGUGUGGAUGGAGAUAACUACUUGCUUUACUAUUCAUCAAUAGUUCUUUCUAGGCAUGCAUCAAGAAACAAGAAUAGUAGCCCAAAAACAAAAAGGAGUCUUAGCAUGGAUGAUUCACCCACAGAAAAGAGCCGCCUUUGUGUACCUGUGAAGGGGCGGAUACAAUUGGUACUGAGCAACCCUGAAAAGACACCCAUUCACACCUUCAUUUGUAACUAUGAUCUGAGUGACAUGCCAGCUGGCACCAAGACAUUUCUGCGUCAAAGGAUCAUUUUAGUGUCUUGUGGAGACGCUAAUAUAUCAGGGAGAUGUCAUAAAGGUUUUGAGGAAAUGAAUGAUGCCAAAGAAUCUUCCAUUCAAAAUAUUAGUCACUUGUCAUCUCUUAGUCACAAUUGCUAUGACAGAAAUGAUGUUCAUAAUAUGAAGUGUAUGGAAAUUGAGGGCUCUAGUCUUAUUUUGCCCCAAGCUAAUCAGUCCAGUAGCUUGAACAGCAGUGAACAUAAAAGACUUGGUGAAAACAAUAGCCCAUCAAACCUCUGCCUUCUAAAACAAAGAAAAUCUGUACAUAACUCAUCAAAGGUCAAUGAAAACUCUACCGGUGCUGGUGUCCUGCGCUAUGCACUUCAGCUCCGGUUUUUAUGCCCUUUCCCAAAAAAAUGUUCAAAAUCUUUCCAGAGGUGCAACUCAGAUCCUCUGUCAACACCAGCAAGAAGAAUGGACAUUGGAGGGGAGAGACGCUUCUACUUAUAUAGUGAUAUGAGGGUGGUUUUCCCGCAACGUCAGUCAGACACUGAUGAGGGCCAGUUACGUGUGGAAUAUGAUUUUCCAUCGAACCCCAAGUACUUUGACAUCAGCAGCUAAAAUGUCCAGUGGGUUUUCCUAUUCUGGGAAGUUUGGUUUUAUCUAUACAUAAAAUUUCAUUCAUCUCAUUUUCUGAUGUGGUGGUCCUGCAUUGAUCAUUGCUCUGGUACGAGAUGAAAACGAUCAGACUCUGAGUUAUCCAGGUCCUGGAAACAUCGACAUCAUCCGAGUCUUCCAGAUCCUGGAUUAAUGUUUCUGAUGAGAGUGAGACAAUCUUCUUUAACUUGCCCCAGACGACGGGCAAAGUUGUUCAGGAGUUCACAUGUUCCAUUAUUGAAAUUUAGAUCAGAAGUAUUAGCUUGACUUUGAGGUCUUAUGUUCCCCUUACCAUUAGGCAAAGGUACAGGGUGCAUAACUCCCACUUGUAUGAUCCGUAAAUCAAUCUUUACACUCAUU